AUGUCUCAGCAUCAGUCUGCAGAGCCUGCAAAGCCCAAGUCGGUUCUUCGAGGUCAUCGCACACAAGUACAUGCUACUGCAUUUAUCAGGAGCAACCACAGACUAGCAACCGGUGAUGCGGAUGGCUUCGUGGUGAUAUGGGAUCUGACUAUCAUGCGUCCGCGAGCCGUUUGGCGCGCCCACACCAAUGCUAUCCUCACCGUUGCUGACUGGGGGGACAAUCGAAUUAUCACACAUGGUAGAGACAACCGUCUAGUUGUAUGGAAGCUGGCCCUUGAGGAUGAGAGUGCGAUGAGCACUGCUCUUCCUCUCGAUGAAUCCGCGCCUGAGCGAACUCGGCCCUGGAUUUUGCAUAUACUGGAAGUGAAUACUAUGAACUUCUGCUCUUUUGCGUCUUGCGCCAUCAGAUCCGAUAAUUCUCUUGACGAGCUCCUCAUCGCAGUUCCCAAUACACUUGAAACCGAAGCUAUUGAUAUUUUCCACCUUCCAAGUCAAGACCGCCGGUACACAAUUCAUCUCGGAAGUAAAACAGAGCAGAAGGGUAUGGUCAUGUCGUUGAGCUUAUUUUUGUGCGGUGAGCAUUUGACUCUGGCGGCCGCCUACGAAUCCGGUCUUGCAAUAGUGGCACGACUCGGAGAAAAUGAAACGUGGGACAUAUUAUAUAGAGCACAAGUGCACAGCCAACCGGUGCUCUCACUCGAUGUGGCACCGCAAAAAGACUUUUUCUUGACCUCUGGUGCUGAUGCUAUCAUUGCAAAGCAUCCAAUUCCUCCCCCAUGCCCCCUCGCUCGGGAAUCACAGCAGUCAAGACAAGCCAACAGGAAAAAUACGGAAGCCGCUAAUUCAUCGUUGUCCUCCGCUGCUAUUUCUCCAGAGUCAAGCCCUGCCAUACCCAUACCCAUACCCCCACGGCAGUCGAACCUGAUUAUCGAAACGCAACCCCUGAAGACCAUCAAUACCAAACAUUCGGGGCAGCAAGGGUUGCGCAUCAGAUCCGAUGGUAAGAUCUUCGCAACAGCAGGGUGGGAUUCAAAAGUGCGGGUCUACUCCAUCAAGACCAUGACAGAGUUGGCAGUGUUAAAGUGGCACGAAGUUGGCUGUUACGCGACUGCCUUUGCUACAUUGGCUGAUAAACAGUCGUCGAAUCUUGUGACACCGAAUACACACCGCAACAAAUCCAAAGAUGGAGCGGCUACUACAGGCAACAUAGAUAAUGAAGGUACUACUCUAACAGCGUUGCCUAAGCCGGGGCAGCUCAGCGUAAAAGAUCGUCGGAUUAACAUGGCGAGGGAAGCUCACUGGUUAGCUGCGGGUAGCAAAGACGGGAAGAUUAGUUUAUGGGAUAUUUAUUAA